CUUGAAUGCAUGUGUAAUAACCAAUCAUCACCCAACUGUAUGGAGCCGCUUCCGGGUUGCGGGACUCGAAUCGCACGCGCUCGCAGCGUGUAGCAGAAUCUCUGUUAAAACAGACAAUCAAAGUGUGUGUGAUCUAAUCAUGCCGACAAUCAGUCAGAAUGCUCUGUUCGGGAUGGGGAAUCCGCUGCUGGACAUCUCUGCCGUGGUGGAUAAGGAUUUUCUUGAUAAAUAUGGCUUGAAGCCCAAUGAUCAGAUUCUGGCGGAGGAGAAACAUAAAGCUCUGUUUGAUGAGAUUGUGCAGAAGAGUAAAGUCGAAUAUCACGCCGGUGGAUCCACACAGAACUCGGUCAAAAUCGCUCAGUGGAUGAUCCAGGAGCCGCAGAAGGUGGCCACGUUCUUCGGCUGUAUUGGCUCGGAUCACUUCGGAGAGAUUCUGAAGCAGAAAGCGGCUGAAGCUCGUGUUGAUGCUCAUUAUUAUGAACAGAGUCAAGAACCGACAGGAACCUGUGCGGCCUGCAUUACUGGAGAAAGCAGGUCUCUGGUUGCAAACCUGGCAGCAGCAAACUGCUAUAAUAAAGAGAAACAUCUGGAUGUCGAUAGGAACUGGAGUCUGGUGGAGAAAGCGAGAGUUUACUACAUUGCAGGCUUUUUCCUGACCGUGUCUCCGGAGUCCAUCCUCAAAGUGGCCAAACACGCGUCGGAUAACAACAAGAUCUUCGGCCUGAACCUUUCGGCGCCCUUCAUCAGCCAGUUCUUCAAAGAGCCGCUGAUGAAGGUCAUGCCGUACGUUGACAUCAUCUUCGGGAACGAGACGGAAGCUGCUACAUUUGCAAAAGAACAGGGCUUUGAGACAGAAGACAUCGCUGAGAUCACCAGGAGGGUUCAGUCUCUGCCCAAAGUCAAUAGGAACAGGCAGAGGAUGGUGGUCUUCACUCAGGGCAGAGAAGACACUGUGGCCACUGUGGGUGAUAAAGUGAAAAUGUUUCCUGUUUUAGACAUCGACCAGAACGACAUUGUCGACACUAACGGUGCUGGUGAUGCUUUUGUGGGAGGAUUCCUGUCAGAGUUGGUUCGGGAGAAGCCGUUGGAGGAGUGUAUCCGUGCAGGACACUACGCCGCUAAUGUCAUCAUCCGGCGAGUCGGCUGCACCUUCCCUGAGAAACCCGAUUUCCAUUAACUCUCACAUAUUUCCCAAUGCAGAAACUUACCAUCUCAUUUUUUUUUUUUACUUGUGUGCCUUUGAAUUGUGUUUCCUGUUAAGACAGCUUUUAUCAGGAUCGCGACGACCAUAUAUAUAUAUACACUCCGCUGAUUUUGUGUUGAAGAACAGUUGUUCAUCAAUCUGUUUUUAUGACACAAUGCAUAAACAUUUCUAUAUUUAAUCUAUUAAAGAUCUAUUAUAUCGUUUUAAUUAAGUGCAUUUAUAUUUCUCAAAAUAAUACGAUAUUAUAUCAUUAUAUCAUAGGUUUUUUUGCCUAGCAAGUCGAUGUCUUUCAGGUCAGUAUUGUUACUUUGAAAUACCAAAUUAUAUCUUAAACGCACAAUCUUUAAAUAUGCAUAAGUUGUAUCUGAUGUGGGAAUUUAUUUUUCCUCUUUUUCCACUUCUGGAACAGGAUCGUUCAACUGAUCACUUUAAUAAAAAGAUUUUAAUUGUUACAAA